AUGAAUAGGCCCGACGACCCGGAUGAGCCUAGGGACUUGGACGAGCCCGAUGAUCAAAACAGGCCUAACGACCUGAACGAGCCCGAUGAUCCAGAAAGACCCAACGACCCAAACGUUCCCGAUGACCCGGACGAGCCUAACGACCUAGACGGGCUUGAUGAUCCAGACAGGUCCAACGACCCGAACAAGCUCGACGACCCCGAUCUGCCCGAUAACCCAGACGUGACCGAUGACUCGGACGGGCUUGACGACCUAUACGGGCCCAAUGAUACCGACAUGAAAAACGACCCGAACUGGACCGUCCGGGUCGUUGGGCCUGUUUGGAUCAUCGGGCCCGUCCAGGUCAUUAGCCCGUCAGGGUCGAUGGGCCCGUUCGAGUCUUUUGGCCUUUCUGGAUCAUCGGGCACGUCCAGGGCCCGUUUAGGUCUUUGUGCCGGUCCAUGUCUUCGAGCCCCUCUGCAUCGUCGGGUUCGUCUGUGUCGUUGGGCUAGUCCGUGUUCUCGGGCUCGUCUUGGUCGUUGGGCCCGUCUGGGUCGUCGAGCACGUUCGUGUCAUCGUACCCGUCUAUGUUGUCGGGUUUGUCCUAGUCGUCGUGCUAGUCCUGGUCGUCGGCUGUGGGACAAGCCCAACGAACCAGACAAGAACGACGACCAGAAAAGGUCGAACAACCCCAACCUGCACGACGACCUCGACAAGCCCAACGACCCGAACGGGCUCGACGACCCGUACGAGCUCGACGACCAGGACGAGCCUGACGACCAGGAUAAACCCGACAACACGGACGGGCACGACGACACAAACGGGCCCGACGACCCAGAAGGGCCCAACGAUCCGAACAUGCCCGACGACCCGAAUGGGCCAACCGACCCGUACAUGCCCGAUGAUCCAAACAUGCCCAACGACCUGAACGGACCCUACGACAUGAACAUGCCCAACGACCUAGACAGGCCCGAUGAUCCAGACAAGCCCAAUGACCCGAACGAGCCCGAUGACACAGACGGGCUCUAG